AUUUCGUCAUGAUGAUGUAAUCAUUCAACUGAAUUUUAUCAAGAUGUUUAGUUUCAUAUUAUUUUCUCAAGAAAGUUGAAGAAUAACACUAACAGUUCCGGUAAAAACAGAAAUGUUUGUGUUGAUUGUGAAGCUGUUGUUUUUCAGCUCGUUUAUUAGCACAGCUUUGAAUUGUUAUCAGUGCUUUAUCGAUGUCAAUGACAGUCUUCGUUUGUGUUGGGGCCAUAUUCUUACCGAAUACAAUAUAAGGAAUGUAGACUCUUGUUUCAAAACACUGGAUCGGAUAUUCAACAAUGAAUCGAGAGUAACGGAGGCAGGGAAAGUAGGAAGAGGCUAUGACUUGAUGCUGAAGAAUAUCUUGAUGGCUGAAAUUAUGCCUAUAGUGGAGGAAUUUGAUGAGCAGACAAAUAAUGAUACAGUGUAUGAGUUCAGGUUACAGGCAGCAGCAAACAAUUUCAUUGCAGUAGCCUCAAAGCUGCCCAGAGCCUCUGGAUGUUUUCCCCCAUGUGGUUUCCAGGCGCAAGGUGCCGUUUAUAACUGCAUGACCUGUCAGUACGACUCCUGUGAGUUCCCGCUGGAUUGCCCUGUGAAGCAAAUCACUGUACAGGAAAACAACAGGACUCAGAUGUGGUGUAAGGUCCCUUUCCUGCUGCCCACAGAUGCUGAGAUUGUCUGGAGAUAUGCAGUGGAGAGAACGAUGUUGAUGGAUCGGUUUGAUGAGGUCACGGUUGGAGUGGAUCCACUUUACUUCAUCUCCUCUGCCCGGCCAGAGCACUCAGGCACCUACCAGUGUGAAAUAUUCUCUCAGGAAGACUCUCUUGUCCGUAUCUACUACUACCUCACAGUGGUCCCUCUGGCACAGUUAGGCCAUGUAGAACUACAGGAUGUAUUUGAACAGGCUCUCCUCCCAGGAGGCCAGUUCCCGCCACUGUCCCCUAAGGAUCCAUUUACCUUGUGGAUGCCCAGUCCUGCCCUUCUCACCACCUGUCUGACUGCAAUGUUUCUGCUUGUCUUCCUCAUGCUAGGGGUGCUGUACUGGUUAUCCAGUCAGAUUGGGAUCAAUGAUUCUGAUCCAGUCCAAGAAACAAAAUCCACAGAAAAAAAGAAAUAUUUUAUUUACUGUUAAACAUGGGAAAAGCAAUAAAUUAUUAAGGCAAAAUAAUUUUUUUUUUUGAAUCAGGACCAAAUUAUUUAAGAAUAACGCACUUUAAAUAUUUUUAUAUCGAAGUGAGUUUUUGUAAGUGACUGGGAGAUCAUAGUAGAGGCAAUGAAUCUGAGUGUAUGAGUGAGGGUGUACCACUAACUCAAGUUAUAAAGCCUUCUUUAUGCUACUAAAUAUAGCCAGACGUGACUCAAGGCGUUACUCUUUUUACAGUCUUUACUCAGUGUUUUGCUGCUGUUGUCCUAACAACCCAUUAAGACCAAACUGGGCGAGGGGAAUACUUCAUUGUACAGCACUGCAAUUUUCCAUAAUGUUUGCUAAGACAAUGUGUAUUUUAGACCUGCAAAUUUUAUUACAUUGUCUGGAUUUUA